AAAAAAAAAAAAAAAACUGGUCUCUAAUUGAUCACUGAGGACAUGUGGAGUUUCAAAGAUGGUCCUUAAAAUUCUUGCAAGGUCCAAAGUCCAAACUGCCCUUGGUGAGGACAACAAAAACACUUCAUUUUGGCUGAAAAGUAAAAGUAAACAUUUAGAGCUAACUUUUCCAAUCAGUGGCCCAAACCUGACCAAGUCAAAGUAAACUGUACUGUUCAUCAAUCAUUGUGACCAGAAUUUCGAAGAAACUUCCACAUUCUCUGUACUACUACUACUAUAUCAUGGACUUAUGGUGUAUGAAGAAAUUACUCAAAAUUCGUUAAUACUUUAGAGAUAAAAUUAGUCUUCAAGCAUGGCAGAUUUCUUAGUGAUUUUGAGGUUAUAUGUUGUGCUUCAUGUGCUUCUUCAUGCUCAUGCAUGUUGGGAAGAAGAAAAAAUUGCUCUUUUGAAACUCAAAGAUGCAUUCAACUACCCAAAUGGGACUGCUCUUUCGUAUUGGGGCGGCGAAGAAAGUGAUUGUUGUAAGUGGAAAAGGGUUGGUUGCAGUAAAUUGACGAAACAUGUGAUAAAACUUUCACUCAAUGAUAUCCUAUCUGAGUUUUGGGGCAACAACAAUGGUUUCUUCCUGGAAUCCUCUUUAUUUCAUCCCUUUGAGGAGCUGCGUGAGUUAAGAUUGGAUUAUAACAACAUUGAAGGCUUUAAUGGAGUGCUAAGAUUAAAAAAAUUACAAAUGUUGGAUCUGAGUUUCAACGAGCUCACAGAAAUUCCAUCCUUCCGUGGCAUGGUGUCUUUGAAGUUUUUGUACCUUGGAGACAAUAAUCUAAAAAAUUGGUCCUCAUUCCAAGAGUUGACAACUUUGAGGGGCCUGGAGAUGCUUGAUUUGGGUGAUAAUUGGAUUGCUGGUGAGAUGCCUCCAUCUCUUGGGGCCAUGACAUCUUUAAAGAGCUUAUCAUUUAGUCGUAAUAAAUUAAAUGGCUCUUUCCCGGAGGAAGGUUUAUGUAAUUUGAAAAACCUCCAAGAGUUGGAUAUUAGCCAAAAUAGCUUCAAAGGAUCUAUUCCUCCAUGUAUCAGCAAUUUAACAUCCCUUCGUCUCCUCAAAUUUUCUGAAAAUAACCUUUCGGGAACCAUUCCUUCUGAUCUCCUUAGGCUCAAGUCCCUCGAAUACCUUUCUCUUUCUCUGAACCAUUUUGAAGGGUCCAUCUCAUUGAGUUUAUUUGCUAACAACUCCAAUCUUGAGGUUCUUGAACUUGGUAGUCUUAACAAUGAGUUGCAUGUACACACAGAAAAUACACCCUGGAAACCUCUGUUUCAGCUAAAAGUCCUACGACUAUCAAACUGCAAUCUCAAUGAGCCAAGUAGAUCUAUUCCGAGCUUUCUUUUGACCCAGCAUGAUUUAAGAGUUGUUGACCUCAGUUGCAAUUCCAUGAUUGGAAAGCUUCCCACUUGGUUACUGAAAAAUAACGCAAGAUUGGAGUUCCUUAGUCUUGCACAGAACUCAUUCACGGGUCAAUUUGUGUUACCUGUUGAUUCUAAAAAUCUUGAUUUGUCUUGGCUUGAUGUGUCUAAGAAUGAUUUUCAAGGCCUUCUUCCAGCAUCCAUUGGCCAUAUUCUCCCAAAUUUAUGGUAUUUGAACAUGUCUAGAAACUCAUUUCAAGGUAAUAUUCCUCGUUCAAUCGGCAACAUGAAUAAGUUGCAUUCAUUGGAUCUGUCUAGCAACAGCUUCACUGGAGAAUUACCCGAACAUUUGGUUAUGGGCUGCAAGGAAUUGACUAUGCUGAAGCUUUCACAUAAUAACCUGCAGGGCCAGUUAUUUCCCAAAAAAUGGAACCUCACAUCGCUCUUGUUUUUGUAUCUAGAUAAUAAUUUCUUUUCAGGGCAGUUGUUACCUGGACUUCUUACAAGCUCCUACUUGGCAGUGUUGAAUCUAAGCGAUAACCCGAUCUCGGGAAAACUACCUGAUUAGAUAGGGGACU